AUGGCGGACGACUUGAAGCAGACAAGUGCCUUACUCAAAAGGCACGAACAAUUAAAGCGCUGGGGUGAAUCGGAAACAAAUAAGGCUGCAGAUACACCGAGAGACAAACCUAGAAAAGUUAAAUUUCAAGACGGAUGUGUAUUUUUAGCUGCAUGUUCAAGUGGAGACACCGAAGAAGUUGCAAGGCUCCUGAGAAGAGGGGCAGAUAUAAACACUGCCAAUGUGGACGGUUUAACAGCCUUACAUCAGGCAUGUAUAGAUGACAAUCAGUCUAUGGUGGAAUUUUUGGUGGAAAAUGGAGCUGAUGUGGAUGUAUGUGAUAACGAAGGGUGGACUCCACUUCAUGCGACAGCGUCAUGUGGAUUUACGGAAAUCGCCAGAUAUCUUCUGGAACAAAAGGCUAACGUAGCUGCAGUAAAUAAUGAUGGGGAUCUCGCCAUUGACAUCUGUGAGGACAAAGAGAUGAGGAAGAUUCUCCAAGAAGAGAUGGACAAUCAGGGAGUGGAUGCAGAUGUAGCCAGGUCUGAGGAAGAAAACCAGAUGUUACAAGACGCCAAUAAAUGGCUGAACAACAAAUCUGUCAAGGAGAAGAAACACCCCAAAACAGGGGCCACUGCCCUCCACGUGGCAGCCGCCAAGGGUUACAUGAAGGUCAUCAAUAUCUUGCUGAAGGCAGGGGCUGACGUGAACUCUCAGGAUUAUGAUGGAUGGACCCCCCUCCACGCUGCUGCCCAUUGGGCACAGGAAGAGGCAUGUAAAGUUCUGGUGGACCACAUGUGUGACAUGCAGAUCAAAAACAAUGCUGGACAGACAGCGUAUGAUGUAGCAGACUCAGAUAUACUCAAACUUUUAGAGGAACUCGAGAAGAAGCAGGAAUCUAAAAAAGACCUAAAGGACUCCCAAAAUGAAGUGAUACCCACGCGGUCCCACCACCAGAAGAGAAGCCGGAGUGAUUCCACAAGGAGCUCCGUGACUCGGAUGAGUGUGGACCAGAAACAUAAUGUGAACGUAAAAACCGUGGAACAAGAACGCGCCGCUUUAGAAGCAGCUCUUCAGUCACCGACAGAGGAGGAAGAAAAGGUCAUCAAGAGUAGCUCCAGUUCCGCGAGUGAAGAAGAGAGCUCAGAGGAGUCCGAAAUAAGCUUGAAAACAGAACCAGCUCCGAAAUCUGAAACAGAAAAACAAAAUGAACUUAAUAGAUUGUCAUCGAAUCAAUUGCCUCGAGAGAGAGACAAGCCCCCAAUCACAACAGUGGUGGAGACCAAAGAUGCCCCCAAAAUUGAUGAAAAGGGGGAGACAACUCAUGUAACCAUCAAGGACAAGAUAAACGAGGACGCCGUGAUGCAGAAUAAAGAGGAAACACCCACCAUCGAAAAAAUAGGAGAUUCUCUGAAGGACACACGCUCCAAGCUUAGGUUGAGACUGAAGGAGAUAGCUAAGGAAACGGAAGAGAAAGAAGUCUCUGACAGCAAGCCAGAAAAGUCAGACUCCACAGAGAAGGAGGAGGGGCCACGUACAGGGGUGGAGGAGAAGGGGCCACCUACGGGGGUGGAGGAGAAAGGGCCACCUACGGGGGUGGAGGAGGGGCAGCGAUCGAGGGUGAGUGAUCAGAUCAGUCUGACUCGCUCGCUGAGCAUGCCUGCUCAAUACCGAUCCGAGGUGCCCAUUAUCUCCCUUCAGAAACCAGGAGAAGAUAACUCCUCUACUGCUCCUCUCCGAGAGACGCCACCGUGGCGGGCCGGCUUACGUAAAACAGGAAGUACCAGCAUGGUGAACGACACAAUCAACGAAAAUGACAAGACUAACCUGCCACGCUCUGCCUCUAGUCCCCGCCUGAACAAUAACAAUAGAUCUGAGAGCGAUAAGUCCAAUACAACUCGACCAUUCCUGAUAACCAGCACCAUAUCAGAAAACCAAGAGAAUAAAGUCCCAGAUAGAUUUGGCUCUUCCUCUGUUAGUACCACUUCCUCCACUUCCACAACCUUGACCUCAACAUCGUCAUUGAGAGGCUUGAAUCCAUACAGAAGUUUUUCCGCAUACAAACGCUUGGAAGACCGAAUGGAGGAUUAUCGAUCAUCACUGCCAGCACGGAUAAACCAGCAACCUGCAACCACUGCCUCGUCAGCUCUGACCCCCAGUGCUACCGUGACAACUGUUGGCUUGACAACAGGAACCACAACUUCUAUAUCUUCAUCAACAAUAUCUUCCCCUUACUCCAAUUAUCAGUUUGCGAGGCCCUAUGGUAUACCAAAACGUGACGAGGAGGCAGAAACUCAAAGAAAAGCUCGUGCCAAGAGAGCCCGAGAGACGAGACGGUCAACACAGGGGGUAACUAGGGAAGACAUUCAGAAAGCAGAGGAGGUGCUUAGCGGGACAUCCCGUACUGAGACGGACAAGAGACUGGCCGCGCCGGAGGUCACAGAUAAAUCUGUAAAUAAAGAGAGCGAAAGCUCAACCACUAGUGCUUCAUCUCUCAGUGAGAGAGUUACCUCAGAAAACGACUCCGUAACGUUACGACGGAACAGGGAGGAUGAACCAAGAAGUAACAGCUUUCGGAGGUCUCGAGACUCCAAAGAUAUUACAGAUUCUUAUACUCCAUCCUAUAUACGGAGAGAUAGAAGUGAUAGGAAUGCGAUUUCAUUGGCUGACUCAACGUCCUCUAGUCUGGGGGUCAACACGGGGUUAACUAGGUCACAGUCCCUCCGGAACCGAAUACGAAACGGGGAAUUAGAAAGUAGGACAGAGGAGAAAUCCAAUGACUCGGAGGAUAAAGGGGAUAAGGACAGUAGGAGAGAGUCAUCUGCCCUUGCCAGGAGACGACGGAGAAAUGAACGAAGGUCAACAGGAAUUGUUUCCUAUGACAACAAAGAUGAAGAGGAAGAAAAAGACAAAGAAAAGGAAGAGGAGAAUAAAGAACCUGCCGAGGAUAGGAGUUCUGGUCGAUAUGGGCGAUACCCAUCUACGUCGGACGUUUCAGACCGAUACCGACCCAGUUCUUAUUUAGAAACCUCAAAGUCCACAACAGCAAUAGACACAUCCCUAGAUUAUAAAAGAUUAUAUGAAGAUGAAAAAUCUCUUAAUGAACGGUUAAAGCGUGAGCUAGCAGACACAAAAAGAGAGCUACUGGACGCUAAAUCAGAACUGGACAGACUGGUCAAGCGGAGUGAGCUGGCACGGGUAUCAGACACCAACGAAAAAAGAGAAAAGAGGGCUUUAGAAAGAAAAUUAUCUGAAUUAGAGGAAGAAUUAAAGCAAGUGAACAAAAUUAAGGCAGAAAACACCAAACUUAAGGAGGAAAACAGGGCGCUAACCCGAGUUAUUUCCAAACUCUCUAAAUAGAAAAUGGAAGUCCUAAGGGAGGAUAACAAACGUUUAAAAGAAGAAAAUGGUGCAUUGAUCCGGGUCAUAAGCAAGCUGUCCAAAUGAGGACCAGUCAACAGAACCAGUCAAUUAUGUCUAGGCAAUUCUCAGUGCAAUGUAUCAGACUGUUUAUUUUUGUUUUUAUUAUGUGUAUAUCUGCUAUUUGUCUUCCAAAGAUUCAGUUCAGGUUUUUAGUUUAUUGUUGAUGAAUGAACAUGAUGAAAAGCAUAAGUUAAAAAGAUAAUCCUGUUUUCAUUCUACCUAAUUGAAUCAUUUGAAAUACAUUGUUUUGGUCUAUGUAUAUUUUUAGUCUGACAGAAUUCCUUUAAAAAGAAAAUAUUAACAUACCUAUAUUGGUAUAAUGAACAGUGUUCUUUUGAAAAUGGUGUAAUAGAAAAGAUCUGAAAAAUGAAUCAUUCAAAAUAGUUACUACAGAAUGUGGAAUACCUCCCAGAUGUGAAAAAUGUGACUAGUUUCAGUAAUUCUGUGUAAAUCUGCUGUUUAAUGUGCUUGUAUACCCUCGCCACGGCCAGUUGAUCUCGAAGCUUUGAGUGAGUGAAACCAUAGAAAAAAAACUCCACGUCUUUCACAGAUUAGGAGCCUCUGUUAUCACUGUAUGAGCUUGUUGUGUCUGUAAAUAACUAGAGACUCCACACUGUUGAGUGGUCCAUAGAUUUAAUAUAUUUGUUUCUUGUUGAAACUUAUCAUGUCAGAGUUCUAAAGGAGGUGAUUUUUUUUUUUUUUUUUUUUUUUUUUGAAAUAGUGCUUCAUGCUGCCAGAAUCCUAUCAAGUGAACUCUCAGAUUUUUUGUUUGCUUGAGCAAAUGAUUAGUGAAAAGCGUUCCCAAAAUGUACCAAUUUUGUACAAAAUAGGACAUCAGUUUUACUUACCGUAAAGUCUAAAGAUAGAAAACUGUAGAACACAAGAACUUCAAUGUAUCUCUCCAUCUCAGCCUUUCAUAUUUCUGUUUACAUAAGUUUUUUAAGGAUUAGGGCAUUUUCAACAUGUAAUUUUUUUUUUAAUUUUGUUCAACUUAAUACUAGAUUGUCAGUGUACAUCUGUAUGAUCAGCUUAUCUCCACUGUUCAGAUUUCGAUUUCUGUUUUAAAAAUUUCAACUGAGCAUUUUUUUCAAAAGAUUUUUUUUUAUUGAACUUUUGUAGAGGAGUGUUAAUAUGUUAUCUUUGGAAUCUACGAAUAUUUAUGUAACUCAGAUUUGAACUGGUCAGUUGAACAAAAAACCUGGUCACCAUAUGUGUGUAUUGUACCAGAUUCGGGCUAAGCCCUGUUUCUAUUGUGGUGUGCCCACUAUCUGUGUAUUACUUGUUAUAUACUAGUACUCCUCUCAAGAUUUCUUCUCUGAUGUACACACAGAAUUCAAGUGUAUAUUAAUAAACACUGAAUUCAAGUGUAUUUUGAUAAACACAGAAUUCAAGUGUAUAUCAACAAACACAGAAUUCAAAUGUAUUUUAAUAAACACUGAAUUUAAGUGUAUUUUGAUGAACACAGAGUUCAAGUGUAUAUUAAUAAACACUGAAUUCAAGUGUAUUUUGAUAAACACAGAAUUCAAGAGUAUAUUAACAAACACAGAAUUCAGGUGUAUUUUGAUAAAUACAGAAUUCAAGUGUAUUUGAUAAACACAGAAUUCAAGAGUAUUUUGAUAAAGAAAUUCAAGAAAUGUCAUAAAAAUUUAUGUGAAAGAAAUUUUUUUUUUUUUGAAUAGAAAUAACAACAAUGUCCAGACAUAUUUCUUGUUUAUAUAUGUUUGAAAGUUUUAUUUCCUCACCAUUUUUUGAUUGCAAAGAUUGAACAGAAUUUGCAUUAUUUAUAGUAUUUUGAAAAGAGAGCUACAAAAUGUUGAGGGGUCAUUCUAGUUGCAGGAAAUUUUUACACUUCUCCAUGAAAUAAUACAGUAUUUUUUGUUAAGAGUACAUUUUUAGUAUAUUCAUGACUGUAAAAAAAGUUUUAUUAUAUUAUAAAAAAAAAAAAAAGUCCUUUUUUUGUGUGGCAAUUCUAGUACAUGUUUAUAAUAAGUAAAUAUACAGUAUGAUUUCACGUGUACCCCCCAUUGAUGGUAGCGCUAUACCGUGUGUAAUGACUAGACUAACAUAGAGAAAUCUAGAGGGAAUGCUUAACUCUAUAUUUAUAGAAUGGCUGAAUAGUACUAAUUUAUUCCAUGUAUUUAACAGCAGUUAUAUCACGUGACGAGGCUACUGUAAACAAUGGUUCAACAGAAAGUUAUUUUUGUACAUGUUUUAUGAUCCUUGUGUAUUGUAGAUCGGAUUUCUUAAUUUGGUGCUAUAUUUACAACUGGUUUCCAUGGCGGUGUGUGUUGUUAUGUAAAUUUAUUUGUUUUGUGCUUAUGAUAUGGUACUUGCAAUUUCAUCAGUUUUCAGAUAUUUAUUAACUAAAUCUUUUUUCGGAACACAAUUACAGUGUAUAUAUAUAUAAAAAAAUAACUUACUUUUUAUCUUCAAAUUUUGGGGAGGAGGAUGGGGGGGGGGACAGGAUGAAAAGUAUUUAUUUAGCUGGUGCACAUUCAGAAGGUCUUGGAACUGCAUUGUUAGACUUGAAAAGUGUGUUUUAUAUUUAGACCCUGAAUGUCACACUGUUACUUGGCAACAAAUACAUGACAUGAAGUCGAGCACUUUUGGUAGCUUCUUAAUUCUCAGGAUUCAUGUAAAGCACUAGUCAACAUACCUGAAGCAUUUGCUAACAUUACUAUUUGUGACCAUGUAUUAUGUGCUUUGGCUCGUGUCAUGGAUUAGAUCAAAGAGUACAUUGGUACAUGGUACUUUGAAUUGUUUGUACAAUAUGUCUGAGAUGUUUAAUUGCAAUUUGGCAGAUAAGAAAUUGGUUUUUUUGUCCUGAAUCUUGAUGGUGUAAGAUUAUAUAACACAUGAUUGUUGGGUUGAAAACUCACUCAAUUUUAUGUUUAAUAUAGAACGUGAUGAAAAUUAAUUUGUAUGAAUUAUCUGACAAAACAAAUGAGUCCUUAUAUAUACAUGUAUAUUUGAAGUUUCCAAACCAACUAAUGAGAUUAUUAUUUUGUACAUGAUAUUGUUUUUUUUUUCUUGACAUUUUUGAUAGUUACAUUAUAAAAGUCCCUUGCAAUCAAUUCAAAAGUUUUUACAAGACAUUUGAAGUUAGUAACUCUAGAUAUCUUUAGAACAAAUUUUAAAUGCCAUCUGAAGUAUUAGUGUCAUUAAGUUAAAUGAAAUAAAGAGAUAAAUAGUGUUACUAAAUAUUAAAUUCCUGCCUCGUUUCCCUUACUUAAUGCAGAUUCUGUGAAGUACAAUCAAGGUUAAUUUAGCAUUUGACAGAGUUACCUGUAGUUGUACUUAUGGAAUGCUUGCUUUUCAAGGUGACAUGCUGGACCCUGAAUAAGUAGGGAAAUGAUAAUAAUGCAGAAUCGGUUGAUAGCUACAGCCUAUAUUGUUCAUAAAAAGAAAUCUGUAAUGUUAAUUUCAAUAAUGUUCAAUAUCUUUACGUAAACUUAUUAAUUUUUUUUUUUCAAAUGAUAGGAAAGGAAAUUUGACAACUCUUUUGCUUGGUAACUUCACAAAUAUGGGACAUUCCAUUUGACUAUGAUCACUAAUUUAUCAUAAAGUUAUUCAAAUACUGCUUUGCCUUUUGUUAACUCAUUUGAUCUGUUUUCUACAUUCGGCACAUUUUGCAAGGUGUUAAAUGAGGGAAGUUGUACCCUGGUACAUUCAUUAAUGAUACGCUUUGAAAAUGGUGUCAUGUUCAGAUGACAUGUUGGUUCUGAAGUUUGUAGAAAACAGAUAAAUUAUGUAAAUAUUUAAUAUUAACAGCGACAAUAUGAUAAAAACUGAAUGGUACAUGUAUGUAUAUUAAAUAGAGUUAUUGCCCUUGGACUUUCAGUUGGCUAGAUUUAAAAGCUUUCAAAGGAGAUGUGAAAGAUGUGUUGUCCUGUAACGAGAAUGGACAUUUUUAAAGCAGAUUCUUGCCUUUAUCAAUUUACAAGACAUAUCAGUUUAUACAUAAGUAUCUCAUUUUAAUUGUUUAUAAACACACUGACAAGUGUUAUUAUCAUACUGUUAAGAUUUUUGUCUGUGGGUCAGUGCCAUGGAAAUGACCCCUGACCUCAGUCUAAACAAAUGGAAUGCUCUUGUUGCCUGGGUGACAUGUUGGACCCAGGUUGUGUUUAUAAAUGAUCUGCAUUUUCUGUGGUUUACAUUGAUUUUAUUUUGGUUAUGAUGAAUGUGUGAGAAAAUUGUAUGUUUAUUUUGUUUGAAGAAAUGCAUUUCACAGAUUUUAUAUCAAAUAAUUACGUCUUUCAGUAGGAUAGUAGCUAGAUUUUACGUAUUAAUGCUCAUGUGGAUGAAGAUGUUGCUGUGGAAACCAUUAUUUUUGUGCUAGUAUUUCAGACACAAGGAUUAAACUGAACGUGUACAAAGAGGAUUUUGUUGAGUCUGUUGCUAUGGUUAUUUGUCACGUGACCAAUGGUUGAUAUUGUGUAUGAAUCACAAUGGUUUUCUGAUAUUUAUCAGUAUGUUGUGAGAUAUAAACUUUAUAUGAACCUGACUGAAUGAUUAGAUAUCAUAGCUGUAAAACUACUUAAUAAAAUGAAUUAUUAAAGUC